CCUGGAGAUUAUCUGGUGAUUAACGUUUGGACAGGGUGGGAGAAGCUGGAGAAGUACUACUGUAAGCUCGGCGAUUCACCCACGUACUAUGCGGCAACUAUACUCCACCCAUACUACAAACUCUACUACGAUAACUUAUGGAGAUGGUAG